AUGCAGGCCUUACCGGAGUCUCGUCAACAGACGUUCGAGGAGAUCUAUGGCCCUCCAGAAAAUUUCCUCGAGAUUGAAGUGAAAAAUCCACAAACCCACGGGUCCUCUCCCCGUAACAUGUACACUUCGUAUGAAAUCCACACCCGCACGAAUAUCCCUGCGUUCAAACUCCGUCACUCGGUCGUUCGCCGCAGAUACUCGGAUUUCGAGUACUUUCGAGACAUUCUGGAGCGAGAAAGUGCCAGAGUCACAAUUCCCCCGCUGCCCGGGAAAGUAUUCACGAACAGAUUCUCCGAUGACGUGAUCGAGCACAGGAGAGAAGGGCUUCAGAGAUUCCUACAAAUCGUGGUCGGACAUCCUCUUUUGCAGACUGGGAGUAAAGUUCUCGGGGCGUUCAUACAAGAUCCGAACUGGGACCGCAAUGCCUGGUAA